UGUCUGUACGUGAACACAAGAGGUGGAUACUGUUUUUUCUGACUUUUGCUUUUAGUCUGUUGUUUAUUAUUUUGUAUAUGUAUUGAUGUGGUUCUAAAUUAAAUAAGUAUGUCGUCUGUGAAGUUCAAGACAACUAGUUCUGUUAAAUCUAAAAAAUCUAGUAAAACGAAGCCUAAGAAAGACGUAAACAAUGGUAGUAAGAUUACGGAUUUCAUUGUUGGUAGGCCUAGUUGUGGUACGACGAAACAUGCGGCCUCAACAGCACCAUCAGCUGCUCCUCCUACUACUAGUAGUACUUGUACUACUGCAGCUGAGGCUGAUGUAGUUACUACUGCUCCUAAAACAGUUGAAGAAAGAAUCUACGAAGUAUUAGAAAAGACAUUUGGACACAAAUAUUUUAAGAGUGAUAUCCAGAAAGCGGCUGUUCGUUGUGUUGUAGAUGGAAAAAAUGAUGUCUUUAUCUCCAUGCCAACAGGAGCCGGAAAAUCUCUUUGUUAUCAACUUCCAGCUUUGAUGCAUCAAGGAAUAUCAAUCAUCAUAUCACCACUAAUCGCGCUCAUCCAAGAUCAACUAGAGCAUUUAAACAAAUUGAAUAUUAAAGCGGAAAGUCUAAAUUCCAAAAUCAGUGCUACAAAGAGACAGGAGAUCCUUGACGAUUUAAACCAGAAACAACCAACCAUCAAACUCUUAUACAUCACACCUGAACUGGCUGCCCAACAACACUUUCAAAACACUCUAAUUUAUCUUAAAAAAAGAAAACUAUUAGGUUAUUUUGUAAUUGAUGAAGCGCAUUGCGUAUCGCAGUGGGGACAUGAUUUCCGGCCUGAUUACUUAAAGCUAGGAAGAGUUAAACGGUUACUGCCGGGUAUACCCUGUGUAGCUCUGACUGCGACAGCUACACCAAGCGUAAAGAGAGAUAUACUGCAGUCUUUGGAUAUGGACAAACCUGAAGUGUUCAAAACAAGCUGUUUUAGGUCAAAUUUAUUUUAUGAAGUGCGUUUUAAAGAUCAGUUGGAAGAUGUAGUUGGAGAUUUGAAGUUAUUUGCUGAGAGAGCUUUAGCAAAAUCUGAUGAGGGUGACAAGGGCUGUGGAAUUGUCUAUGCAUUAAGCAGAGAUUCUUGUGAUGAAGUGGCCGCAAAGCUCAGCUAUCGUGGUCUGAAGGCCAAGGCUUACCAUGCACGUUUAAAACCCAGCGAAAGGGAGCAAGUUCAGACUGACUGGAUGGAAGGUCGCGUUCCUGUUAUCGUAGCGACUAUUAGCUUUGGAAUGGGUGUGGAUAAAGCUAAUGUCAGAUUUGUGGCUCAUCUUACGAUGCCCAAGUCCAUGGCAGGUUACUACCAGGAGUCGGGUCGAGCUGGCCGUGAUGGGAAGCCGGCAUUCUGCAGGCUCUAUUACAACCGUGAUGACCGGAAUAAACUUGCGUUCUUCAUGAAAAAAGAGAUGGCAGCAAAGAAGAAAAAGAAGGGUGAUGCUGCAUCAGCCAUCAACAAGGCAUCAAUGGAAAGCUUCCAAAGGUUUGUCAACUAUUGCGAAGGGUUGUCAUGCAGACAUGCUGACAUUGCUCGGUAUUUUGAGGACCCCAUCCCAGAGUGCAACAAAUCCUGCGACUUCUGCAAGAACUGCAAAAAGACAAUGCAGCGUGUGGAGUGGAUGCGUACCAGUGCCUACACGAAGAAAGGGCCGAAGAGCGAGAAACCUGAUGUGAUGGGAACGACUCCAAAGGGAUCACAUUUUACAGACUUGUACGGUGGUGGGCGACAUGGAUAUGAGAGCUUCUAUUCCGAUUACGAAUCUUGUAAAUCAGAAUUUAAUGCAGACAACUUCUCCGACAGCGAUGAUGAAAUUCAGGAACCAAAACCAACUAGUAAGAGUGCAAUACCUAGCUUCAUGAAGGAGGAAUUCAAACGACGCCGAAAGAACAUUUCUGAUGUUGAAGAAAAUGAAGUUCCAGAUGAGGACUGUCCACUAAGAGAUGCUGCAAGUACAAAAAUAGCUGGCCUAAAGAUAAAGACAAGAGAACAUUGCCUUGGCUUACUAGAAAAAGCUCUUAAGGAAAAUUUCGAGACCUUUUAUGAAAGUAUUCCAGACAAACUAGCUGCAAGCGAUUGGGAACCAAGAUGCUGUGCCAUUGAUGGUGAGCACUCGAUGUUACAAAUUUCACGCCACGUGAACAUGUACAAAGCCAAGCUGUUCAGUCUGACAAACGAAAUAAAGAAAUGUACAAAAAGCCAUCAGCUCCACACACUACUUCAUUCUAAAGAUGGUGAUGCUGACGCCACGUCAACCAGUUCGGAAAAUGUUACCAAGGAGGAGCAAGAAGAUUUCAAACCAAUGUUCAAACAGCCUAGGCAGAGCAGAAUAAAUCCACCAAACAAUUACCCAGCAUUCCAAACUGCUGCAAGCCUGCUUAAGGGCCAGUCAAGCUUGGGCAAUUCGGAACGAACAGACUUGUUGGAUGAGACAACAAGUGACAGUGACCAAUUAGAAGUGAACUUUGGUGAUGAAAUGGGUUUUGAAAGAUUGAGGGAUGAGGAGGGAUUUAAACCUGAUUCUCAAUCAAAUGGUGAUCAACCAAAAUAUGAAGGAUUUUUAAGUGCCUCUGUUGUUUAUAAUAAAUGUGGAAAUCUGAAACCUCGGACUGAGGCAACAAAGCCCUUCCAUAAACAUGGAAAUUGCAAUGUAGAAAAUCGAAAUGAAUCAGCUAGAAGGGCAUUGGAUAUAGGAGAACAAAGUCAGGAAGUGUUGGAAUGUAAGCAUAAUGGAAAAUUUCAAGAGGAGAAUGAUGAUGAUGAUGAUAAAGCAGACAAUAUUCAAACAUUUACUGAGAAUGAAGAUUUUCAAAGAACUUUCAAAAUAAAUUCAGAUGAAAAGUCUUCCGUAGAGGAAAAUACAUUUGUGGGUUGCAUUACACCUGAGAACGCUAGCCACCUAUUACCUGAAAGGAACGCCAGUGCUUCACACACAGCAAGACACGGUAACCCAGCUGAUGUAAAUGAAAUUUCAGAAAAUCUUCCUAAAAAUGCUGAAGAAAGAAGAAUUACAUCUAAACGACCAGUGAUAAAAUAUUUUUUUGAGAAAGAGAGGGAACUGGAUUUAGAAACAGUGUCUGACAAAAAAGCCUCGCUGAAAAGAAAACUAGAGGAUAAUAGUAACGAUUCCUCUGCUAAAAGUACGAAGAAAGUCACAUUUGAACCUGACGUUGUUGAUAACGAAGGGAUGUGUGUGUCGUAUGACAAACAAAAGGCGCAAGCUAAACUUGGUUUGGAUAUACGACGCGUCGCAGCGGACGCAGUGGUCAACUAUUUGACCCCACACUACAAGGAUGACAAAUUUGCAAAUAAGGAUCUUUUCAAAUCACUGGCUAGAUGUCUAUCUCAUCAACUGCUUCAAAUGAAAUGUACAGACCACAAAAAUGUAAAAUCAAGAGCCAAACAAUGUGUACGAGACUUCUUCAAGAAACAUUCAUACAUAGCAUCAACAGAUGACCUCCCAAAAGCUGACAAGCGAGUGAGACCAGAUAAACAAGAAAUAAAACCAGGUUUACAAUGAAGUUUAGCAGGUUGUGAUUUUAAACCAUUAUGAAACUGAAAAUGGAAAGAUAACCCAUAAGCAUUGUAAUUGACGUGAUGAGAAAUCAGGAUAAAUAAACUGGUGGAAGUGAGCGGAACCGGUUAACAUUCUGACUGCCAGGGGUUUGAAAAAAAUAGUAUCAGCCACCGCCAGACAUUUUAGCAAAUUUUAACACUUUUCCAAAGCUUGUAUGUGAUCAGAUUGACAUGUAAUGAAUACUACAAGAACUACAAACAUUA